AUGGGAACAGUUUAUUCAGAGCUGAGACAAGAGCGAGUAGUGGUACCUUGGAAAAAAAUUAUUUGGAAUGUAGGAGGCAUUCCAAAACAUAGCUUCCUAGCUUGGCUCUUUCUCUUGAACCGCUGUCCAACAAGAGAUCGCAUAAUUGGCUGGGGUCUCCAAUCGGAUCCUCAAUGUCUUCUCUGCAACUCUGGUUUUGAAUCAAGGGACCAUUUACUGUUUGAUUGCCCAGUCAGCUGGUCAAUAUGGAAUCUGAUGGCAGCGAGAUGCAAUAUCCGGCCAGCACGGAUGUGGACAGAAUCUAUGGAACAGAUGACAACUCUGUCGUCCGGAAAAUUGUGGAAUAGGCUCACCUUGAUCGCGUGGCAGGCGAGUAUUUACUGGAUUUGGCAUGAGCGGAAUCAAAGGUUGCAUCGCCAAAUCUUCUCUUCUGUUGACACGAUUAUGGUGCUCAUCAAUCGUCAGAUCCGUAAUUGA